UGUGUGUAUAUAAGAACCAAUUGAAUUGAACGAAAAUAGCGCUAAGACAACCAGAAAACAAACUAACGUUUCCUACAUUUACUUCUAAAGCGGAACGAUUGCGUUGAUUUUGUGACGCACGGGGAGACAACGGUGUUGCAUUCCGAGGUUUGGAUUGGAUUGUAGUGUGGUGCUUCUUUUACUGUCCAUGGAUGUUUUCCCGCUUUGAUAACAGCUGGUGGAGUCGUCUGAGGAACGGAACAGCGGAGUUGCUAAUUUGCUCUGUCUAACGUUAGCCUGCGAAGUCUGUUGUCAUCCUGCAUCAGUCUGGUUAAGGACCAGAAAGCUUUAUUUUAGAGAAGAUUGCCACUUUGAGACUUCAAAGUCUGCCAGUAUCGUUUCACAUGGCUGCGACAGUUGAUUUCAGAACCCAUGUUGACCAGUCCUGCAGAUAUUCAGAAGAAUUUGUCAACAUUUAUUAUGACUGCAUGGAUAAGAAGAGGAGGCACCUGACAAGACUCUACCUGGAUAAAGCCACCUUGGUUUGGAAUGGCAAUGCUGUUUCAGGGCAAGAUGCACUGGGGGAGUUCUUUGAAUCCCUUCCAUCGAGUGAAUUUCAAGUGCAUACACUUGAUUGCCAACCCGUUCAUGAGCAAGCCACCCAAGGGCAGACAACCUUGCUGGUUGUUACGGCAGGCUCAGUGAAGUUUGAUGGAAACAAACAACGGUAUUUUAAUCAGAACUUCCUGCUGACUGCACAAGCCUCUCCUACCAGCGACCAGCCUGUGUGGAAGAUUGCUAGUGACUGUUUCCGUUUUCAGGAUUGGGCCAACUGAAGUAGUUGUACAGUGUUUUUGUUACAAAGUGUAAAUAAAGUCUUCCUUUUUGUUAUA